CGGCAUAAACAGAACGUGCACACUUUGAGUUGAACAUUGUUAGGAGUGAGAACGUCAUGUCGGAAGAAUUUAAAUUGGGUGAUCUUGUGUGGGCGAAAUUGAAGGGCUGUCCCCCUUGGCCUGGCAUCAUUGCAAAACCUAAACUGCAUGUAAAGAAGCCACCAAAGAAGACUGGAGUACAAUGGAUCAAGUUUUUUGGCAGUAAUGACUUCGCAUGGAUCGAUGAUAUAAACAUCAAACCUUACUUAGAGUUUAAAGAGCAACUGGCCGAUUCAAUCAAAAAAGCUUCAUUUAAGAAAGCUGUAAGAGAAAUUGAGCUUUAUAUUGAAAAGAAAAAGAAUGACCCCGAGUUUGAUCCUGAAAAAGACGAAGAUGAAGAGGAAGGAAAGGACGAAUUUGAUAAGCUAAAGGAAGAAGAAAAAGAAGAGGUUAAAACACCAAAGAAACGUAAAGAUAGUGGAGUGAAAAAAGAAAGGUCCUCCUCUACCACAAAAGUAGCAGCGAAAAAAAGACGUUUGGAUGAUUCUGAAGAAAAUGGUGCAACCUCAUCUUUUACAUCAAAUCAUGUGUCCAACAGAAGUUACCAAGAGUUACUUGAUAGACCAUCGAUUUUGGAUGUACCGCAUUCUCCAACAAUUGACAUCAACAACGUUUCGGAAUCCUUCAAAAGUAAGAAGAUUGAAGCCUCGAAGUCCCGGUUUGGAUUCAUCGGGCUUGGCAUAAUGGGAACUGAAAUCGUCAAGAACCUGAUCAAUUCCGGUCAUCGAAUCAACCUUUGGAACAGGUCUUCGAGAAAGGCUGAGGAAAUCAAAGCUCAAUCGGAAGUGAAUCAUGCUGGAUUGGUCGAAGUCUAUCCAGCUCCAUGUGAUGUCGUCGAAAAUUCAGACAUUAUUUUUUGCUGCGUGAGCGAUCCAGCUGCUGCUAUGCACGUUGUUUAUGGAAAUUGUGGAAUUUUACACAACCGAAUCUCUUUAGAAGGUAAAGGUUAUGUUGAAAUGACAACAAUAGACAGCGAAACAUCAAUGGAUAUUUGUAAUAUGAUUACGGAUAUUGGUGGUCGCUACUUAGAGGCUCAACUCCAAGGUAGUAAAUUAGAAGCGAGUGAAGGUAACCUCAUCGUAUUGGGGGCUGGGGAUAAAUCGCUUUUCGACGAUUGUAAUUCGUGUUUCAAAGCGAUUUCGCACACGGCCUAUUAUUUAAGCGGCGUCGGAUUUGCGACGAAAAUGAAUUUGGUGAUUCAGGUGAUUAAAAGCGUCGCUUUGGCCGGACUUGCGGAAGCUUUUGCUUUGGCGGAUCGUUCCGGAGUAACACCAAAAGAUGUACUGGAGGUUUUAACAUUGACGAAUAUUUCGAAUCCGUAUUUACAAAGGAAAGCUAAAAUGAUCGUUGAAACUGAUUUUCAAACGGUUGAACAUCCGUUACAACAUAUGCAAAAAGAUACAAAAUUGGCACUUCAAUUGGCUGAUACAUUAAAGCAGCCUUUACCAAUGACUGCAAUGGCUAAUGAAAUAUAUAAACAUACGAGACGUUUCGGAUGCGAUUCUCAUGAUGCUUCCUCGGUUUAUAUGAGGACGAGGCACUAACGUAAUUUUUUCUUUUAUUUGGUAUAAGCUGUUUUUUUUUCUUUUAUUUAUAAAGAAAAGAUCAAAAUUAUUAUUUGAAAUUCAUAUCAUUUUUCUUCAUUUAUUUGAAUUUCAUUAGCUUUUUUAAAAUAUGUAAUUGUUUGAUUUGUAGAAUAUUUGACUAUUUGAGAGAAUUAGGUGUAAGUUCAUUUCUCUUUUUCUCUUGAUUUUACUUUUUUUUGUGGAUUACUAUAGUUAUUAGAUGUUACGUAUAAUGAUAGAAAUAAUAUAAUAAUGUAUAAAUAUAUUUUUAUUGUGGUCUUUGGUUGUGUUUUCGGUACAAAUUCGAAAAGUAUCAAAUAUUUCUUUUAAUUUUAUUACUUGAGAAUGUGAAAAGAUUUGGUCGUGUGCCUAUAAAAUUGUUAAGAUCCAAAAAUAACCAAAAAAUUCUUUUCUUUUGUACCAAAAAUAGUCGUCCUGGACCAGUUAAAAAGAGACUAGAAUUUAACAUAAAUAAAUUUAAAAAAAUAAUAUCAUUUUUGACUAAAGUGUUUGUUUUAUAGAAUGUAUUAGUUUAUCAUUUUUUUGUAAUAAUCAAAUUCUAAGGAACUCUUAUUAUUAAUAGUUAAUUCAUACACCAUCUAAUGCAAUUGUAUGAUUUAUUUAAAUGUAUUUUUUUAAUUUUUAAGUUUUCCAUAUUUGUCCGUACACACAAUAAUUGCAAAUGUCGUAGGUUUCGUUUGUAAUAAGAUCGUGCAAUCGCAGCCAAAAUUACACGUUGUGUUUUAAAGAUUUGUAAAAAUGUAUUUCAAAAACA